AUGGCCCUCCACCAUGAUCAAUCGAUCCCUAUCGGUUUGCCAUCUCCCCUCUACUUUGCUUGCCACCACAUCUCAGAUAAAUUCCUGAGGCCGCCUCUUGCCUUACAAAGACCACUGAAACUGAAGAUUGCGAAAUUAAGACUUAUGAGCGACAGAGGAACUGAAUUAGAUGGCCUAGGAUGCCUGUACAGUGCACGGCUGCUAUACUCUAUUGCUCAGGCUGGGCAGUGUUGCUCUGUCUUGGCUGGGGGGAUUCGUAUGAAGAAAGCGACUUCGACAUCGUCCAGUAGUGUUAUGAGAUUCUCUUCUUCUCACUCGCAUCUCGUAGCGGUGUUAGAUUGUGCAGUUCCAACUUGCGAGCAAGCUCAUGUUUCAAUCGAUAUUAACAAAACGAGGGUGCUUGUCUUCUCGGUAUGCGCCGGCGUUAUUGUCGCUCUAUGGAAGAAGAAAGAGCGCUCAUGUAGAAUAGAAGGAAAAAGAGGAGAGGCGUUCAAUCCGCAGCCACAUAUAGAACCAGCGCUGUUAAGGGAAUCACCGCCUGUUGUAGGGAAAAGCCUCGACGACGAGGUACAGAUAAUUGUCAUAAGUUGA